GAAGAAAGAGGGUGCUUAAGGAGGAUGAUGCGCUGGCAGUGACGGAAACCAGAGAGUGAAAAUCGGCAUAGUUUUCUAUUCCGAUAGAGAAAGCGUUAACGGCUAGAAGAGAAGGAAGAGGAAACAUAAAAUGGAGGUUCAAAUUCCAUUCUCAUUCAGCUGAAUUAUCCAUCACAGAGUAUUCCAACUCCCUCUCCUUCGUGAAGAGGGAGCUCCGCUUCUGCUUCGGAUCGGACCUUUCUCUCUCUCUGCACUCACCAAGAUGGUUGCCCAGAAAUUCCUCGUGGAUUUGAACAAGCCUCUUGUGUUCCAGGUUGGGCAUCUUGGCGAAGACUACGAUGAGUGGGUUCACGAGCCUAUCGUAAGCAAGGAAGGCCCUCGCUUUUUCGGGAGCGAUUUUCUGGAGUUGUUCACGCGCACUGCGUGGUGGGUGAUUCCGACCGUUUGGUUGCCUGUUGCGAGUUGGUUCAUUUCUAAUUCUGUAAAGUCAGACCUCCCUUCUGAACAAGUGGCUCCUUUCGUCCUUCUGGGAAUCUUUGUGUGGACUUUGGCGGAAUACACCUUGCACCGAUUUCUCUUUCAUGUUAAAACCAAGAGCUAUUGGGGAAACACCUUUCAUUAUCUUCUCCAUGGCUGCCACCACAAGCACCCCAUGGAUAGCUACAGACUUGUUUUCCCCCCUGUUGCAGCGGCUUUGUUAGCUCUCCCGAUCUGGAACUUAGUGAAGCUUAUGUGCACCCCUUCAAUUGCUCCUGCCGUGUUUGGAGGUAUUUUGUUGGGCUAUGUGAUGUAUGAUUGCACUCAUUACUACUUGCACCAUGGUCAGCCAAAAUCUGAAGUUCCCAAAAGUCUAAAGAAAUAUCACUUAAAUCAUCAUUAUCGUCUCCAGAACUAUGGCUUUGGGAUCACUUCACCCCUGUGGGAUAAAGUUUUUGGAACGGUUCCUCCUCCUCCAUCAAAGAGUGAUGUGAAACGUAGAUAAUUUACUGCCAUCGUCACAUUUGUUCAUUGGUUAAGCAUAGUAUAAUCAGGAGCUUCAAACGAGAUAUGUCGAUAAUUCAUUAUUCAUGUCUUGGUUGUUUAAUUAUUUUGCUCCUCGAUUGAUGUUUCUGAGGGCUAACGUGUGCUACCAUCUUGUGUCAAACAUCCUGUAAAAUCUUAAAAGGGUAUCUAAUUUUUUGCAUAAAA